UGAUUUUGGGCUAUACAAGAAAUAAAUUGUUGUUGUACCGAGAAUGUUUGCACUUUUAUGGCCAAGUAUUGAUCAAAGAAUGUCAUGCUUCUCUUUCAGUUUCAGAAAAGAUCUGGAAUGGCUGCUGUUUAAUAAAUACGUGCCGUCUCUAAUCCAAGAUGGACCUCAAUGUGGACUCGUGGCAUUGUGGAUGGCCGGACAUCGCCUGAACCCAGAAGGCAGUGUCACUUUAGAGACGAUUGUUCAUACAGCUGUAAAGAGAGGAUACACAGCCCAAGGGGAAAUGUUUUCAGCUUCCAACAUGGCUCUCUUGGCAGAAGAGCUGUACCACUGUCAGGCACAUCUGAUGUCUUGGGGAGCAGAAAAGAUUAGUGAAAAAAUUGUCCACCAUCUUGUCGCUGGCUUACCUGUUCUUAUUCCCUAUGAUGAAGACUUCAACCAUGAACCAUGUCAGAGGAAUGGGCACAGGGCUCACUGGGCUGCAGCGUCAGGAGUCUUGCUGGGAGUGAACACAAACAAACUGCAAGGAUCAUUCCGGACAGAAAGCCUUGUAGAAGGGCUGUUUUACCUGCCAAAAGGAAUCCCCGGUCCCAAUUGGCCCCCAAUGGAGGCAGUGCAGGAGGUUUACCUGCUGGCAAAGCAGGGCAAGAGCCUUAAGUAUCAGCUCUGGGAGCUUGGCGCACUUAGGGACAGCAACCAGCAACUAAAGCAGCUGGAUCCAAAGCGAAGCCAAGAUGGCCAACCAUACGUCCUGCCAGAGGGCGGUGUGCAGGCUGGGCUGUGUGGUCAGGUGCUGCUACUGAGGCCAGCCGACUUAAGGUUAAGGGAGUGCCAGUCUGCUCUCCAAACGCUCCAAUAAAUGAAGGCACAUUGGCAAGUCGACAGUGUGCCAUUUACUGAUGACGUGUAAA